UGGCAUAUAGCUAUUUAGCAUCAGAGUUGGGACUAUAUCUUGUAUCAUUAGGUUUCUUUUCCACUGAUGGAUCACUUUUUUUUUUUUCCAGCCAGAAGCCAAAGUUCCUUCAGGGCCUCCCUGAGGACUUGAAGAGCUUGAGAAGCUGGUAUAAGAAUCCACAUGCAUAACAUUAAUCACGUACCUAAUUGAGUGAACAGUUUAUUUCCACAGAGAAAUUCAUCUCUUUGGCUCCAAUUACUUCAUCAUAGUCUACUUCAUUACUAUCAGGGAAAUUAUUAUGCUUAAGAAAUAAAACAAGGAUACAAUUGAAUGGACUCCAUUUUCACAGGCUAUAAUCUUUAUAAUCUGUAAGUAAAAACUGAAGUGAACAAGUUGUCAUCAGGUUUGGAUAUAUACAAGAUUCCAUUGAAGAACAAGACUGAAGUCACCAUGUUUAUAUUGACAGGCUUCACAGAUGAUUUUGAGCUGCAAGUCUUCCUAUUUUUACUAUUUCUUGCAAUCUAUCUCUUUACCUUGAUAGGCAAUUUAGGGCUGGUUGUAUUGGUCAUUGAGGAUUCCUGGCUCCACAACCCCAUGUAUUAUUUUAUUAGUGUUUUAUCAUUCCUGGAUGCCUGCUAUUCUACAGUUGUCACUCCAAAAAUUUUGGUCAAUUUCCUGGCAAAAAAUAAAUCCAUUUCAUUUAUUGGAUGUGCAACACAGAUGCUUCUUUUUGUUACUUUUGGAACCACAGAAUGCUUUCUCUUGGCUGCAAUGGCUUAUGAUCGCUACGUAGCCAUCUACAACCCUCUCCUGUAUUCAGUGAGCAUGUCAUCCAGAGUCUACGUGCCACUCAUCACUGCUUCCUACGUUGCUGGCAUUUUACAUGCUACUAUCCAUACAGUGGCUACAUUUAGCCUGUCCUUUUGUAGAUCCAAUGAAAUUAGGCAUGUCUUUUGUGAUAUUCCUCCUCUCCUUGCUAUUUCUUGUUCUGAACACACAAACCAGCUUCUACUCUUCUACUUUGUGGGUUCUAUUGAGAUAGUCACUAUCCUGAUUGUCCUGAUCUCCUAUGGUUUCAUUCUGUUGGCCAUUCUGAAGAUGCAUUCUGCUGAGGGAAGGCAAAAGGCGUUCUCUACAUGUGGCUCUCACCUAACUGGAGUGACAAUUUAUCAUGGAACAAUUCUCUUCAGUUAUAUGAGACCAAGUUCCAGGUAUGCUUCAGACCAUGACAUCAUAGUGUCAAUAUUUUACACAAUUGUGAUUCCCAUGCUGAAUCCCAUCAUCUAUAGUUUGAGGAACAAAGAUGUAAAAAAGGCAACGAAAAAAAUGUUGAAAUUGGUUUACACAUGA